GGUUGGACAAAAUGGCGUCCGUCAGGGUUAACUGUGAUCAGCCAGUGAAAUAUCCUCAAAAUUGACACGUAGCAGGCUUGCCAACGGAGCAGGGUCAGCGCUGUGGUUAGGUAGCGGUCACAGAAAGAUGUUACAUGGUGUGCAAUAGUUUGUCAGAGAAAGGAUACAUAAAACAGGUAAUGUCCGGUGUCGAACAUUUCAUUUCUCCCUGGCUAUUGGCUAGCUAGCUAGCUAAUUAGCACACUGGCUAGUUAGCUACUAGUUUUAAUCCUUUAAUCUCUGUAUCUAGCUAGUUCACGAUCCAGCCCCCUAGUGCAAUGCUCUGAAGGCACAUUUUACGAGGUUGUAGGAAGCAAGCAAUGUGGCCAUUCUACAGGUGUUUUGUACAAUUUACAAGAUGGUGCAUUGAAAUACAGCUGGCCCAGCUAGCAUAUUUCUAGCUAAUGUUACUCAGGAUGGAAGUACUGGAAAUUAAACAGACUUGUUGCUACAUCCUAGCAUGUAGUAGCGAGCUUUAAUCCUGCUCAACAACAAUUUGUUUUUCCUGUUGCAUGCUCUUGCAACCCUUCAAUGAUGGACAAUAUAAUAGAUGCUUCUUACUGGUUUUCAAUGAACUUCAGAGCCUGGAUUUUGUUGGUCUUGCUCAUUACACAAGAUGAUGUUUACUGUAUGUAAAUUAAGUUAGUAGUUUACAUAGUGGCGCAGUGGUCUAAGGCACUGCAUCGCAGUGCUAGCUGUGCCACUAGAGAUCCUGGUUCGAAUCCAGGCUCUGUCGUAGCUGGCCGCGACCGGGAGACCCAUGGGGCGGCGCGCAAUUGGCCCAGCGUCGUCCAGGGUAGGGGAGGGAAUGGCCGGCAGGGAUGUAGCUCAGUUGAUAGAGCAUGGCGUUUGCAACGCCAGGGUUGUGGGUUCGUUUCCCACAGGGGGUAUGAAAAAAAAAAAAAGUAUGCACUAACUGUAAGUCGCUCUGGAUAAGAGCGUCUGCUAAAUGACAAAAAAAAAAGUUCUAUGUGUGACCUCCGUAAUUCUGUUUCAGGUUUACUAUCCAUUUGUUUAUGAUUGUUGCUGGUACUACUGCGGACCUUGGCAGAGGUAUGGCUGUGGGGCAGAAACCAAGCCACACAGAGACAUUUGUUUUGGCUGGAUCGAAUGGACAUAAUGAGACAAGGCAUUCUGGUUUGAAUGACAUUGUGCGGAACCACACCGCUGACCACCGAAGCUCAGGGAUGGCCCGAGUUGCGUCCGACAUGAGGUACAAGUGUGCUGCUUAUGUGCUGGCCCUGCGGCCGUGGAGUUUCAGUGCCUCUCUCACACCGGUGGCGUUGGGUAGUGCCCUGGCCUACAAGCUGGAGGGCUCUGUGGACUUGGUCAUCCUCAUGGUGUGUGCCGUAGCUGUGCUGGUGGUGCAUGGGGCAGGGAACCUGGUUAAUACCUACUAUGACUUCUCCAAAGGGAUCGACCACAAGAAGAGCGAUGAUAGGACUCUUGUGGAUGAGAUCCUGGCACCGCAGGACGUGGUCAUGUUCGGAGCACUGCUCUACUCUCUGGGCUGCUUGUGUGCCACGCUGCUCUACUUUCUCUCCACGUUGAGGAUGGAGCAUCUGGCCCUUAUUUAUUUUGGAGGGCUCUCAAGUUCUUUCCUGUACACGGGAGGUGAGCUAACCAUUAUCCUGUUUAAAGAUUUACUGACAUUAUUUCACUCACUAUCUUUUUACCAGUACUAACCACACACACACUAAUAUCCAGAUACUUAUGAUAUCUUCCUUGUCCUGUUUCCAGGCAUUGGUCUUAAGUAUGUGGCCCUGGGGGAUGUGGUGAUCCUGAUCACAUUUGGCCCCCUGGCAGUCAUGUUUGCCCACGCCGUGCAGGUGGGCUACCUGUCAGUCCUGCCCUUGGUCUACGCCGUCCCCCUGGCCCUCAACACAGAGGCCAUUCUACACAGCAACAACACCAGAGACAUGGACUCUGACAAACAGGCAGGCAUCGUCACUCUGGCCAUCCUCAUCGGGCCCACGCUGUCCUACAUCCUCUUCAACCUCCUGCUGUUUGUCCCCUACGUGCUCUUCUGCAUCCUGGCCACCCACUACACCAUCAGCAUGGCCCUACCCCUGCUCACGCUGCCCAUGGCCUUCCCCCUGGAGAGGCAGUUCCGCAGCCAGUGCUAUUCCAAGAUCCCCCAAAAGACAGCCAAGCUCAACCUCCUGAUGGGACUUUUCUAUGUCUUUGGGAUCAUUCUGGCACCUAAAGGCAGCUUACCGCUACUGUGAUCCAAUUGUAGCUUACAUUUUUUUAUAGCUUUUUUUUGUUUAAAUACAGACUAGUUUAUGUACAUCUUUUUAUUUAUAAUGAUUGGCUUGAGUUCAAAGGCUUUAAUUUAUUGUCUAGAUUAUACAUCCAGAGAAACAGACAGUUUAGUUAUUCUUCUGUAAUACUGACAGAUAUAACCAGAUGUGUAAUUGUUCCAGUAUUUUGCACAGAGUUUUGUGUAUCGGUUGAAGUCUGAGAUGUGUUCAGACUCAUUUAGUAUAAGACCACAGUACAGAGGACGUUUCAAGUCCCUAUGCCUCCUCGUGAGGACAGACAUGGAAGAAACAGUUGCCAUGCGUUGCGUCGGGUCCUCAGACUUGCUACUGGUGAUGCAAUUGUUCAAAAUGUCAAUAAACCAAAUCUACAACUUUUAAUCUCUACAUU